AGGUUGGCAUAACUGUAUGCACGUGAUAACCUUAAUACUGAAAGUAUUGUGACAUGAAUACAGCUAGCUAUUUUACAGUUUAUUGUUAAGCCGGUUUUGUCAUGUUAAUUGUAAAUAAUUUACGAACAAUUAUAAUAUAAAAUAAAUAAUUGUUCUUUCAAAUUUAAUCAAUAUCAAUUUGAUUGUUUGCUUUCCACGAUUAUGUACUUAACUGUAGUAUUAUUUAAUACUAUGCUUUAGUUAAUAUAAAAUAUAUAGAACAAAGAGUGCUUUUAUUUAACCUUAUCAUUUAUCUUUUUUUGUGUAAAUUAUAUUGCAAAUAUAUUGUUUAUAUUAUGGCGAAUACAAAAGAAUUACCAGAAUUACAAGUUUUUAAAACAGUAUUAUUUCACUGUUUGAUAAUAAUAGCCUUUCCUGUGCUAUCGUUUUUUAUGAGCAAAAUAUUUAUAUUUGAUGGUUUAUUGGGAAAAAAUAGCAUAUCAAGCAAUGUAUAUUCGGCAGGAGUAGCAAUUGUGGUCUUACAUAUCGCAUUGGCAGCAUUUAUAUACAGAGCAUAUUUUGAUGAACGAUCCAAGACAGAAGUCAAGAAAGAUUAAUUCAUUUUAUUAAUCUACACGUGCAGUUUAAUAUACUUUCAUAAUUUUCACCUACAUUUAAUCAGUCAUCAAGAUAUUAUUGAAAGAACAAAAGAAUAUGAUUUGCUUGUAUAAUUGUAAUAUAUAAAUUACAUAAGCUUUG